GGAGGAAGCCGCGAGGCCGCAGCCCACCCACCCCGGGCUCCGGAGAGGUGCAGCCCCCGGCCCCCAAUCCCUCCCGGGGGCGCCAGGAAGCCGCCUGUCCCCAGGAAAACGUGGUCUCAGCUGUGGGGGGUCUCGAGCUGGCCUCGAUCCCUCUCUCUGACACAAGAAGAGGCCCGGCGCCUCACCCUCGCCCGGUCUUUGUGCAGGGCGCCGGCGGCCAUUGUGUCCGUGCGGGGAAUGGAGGACCCAGCAAUCCCGCACCGCCACCGCCACGUCCAGGGCCUUUGGGGAAUUCAUAGAAAACCAGCGGCGUUUCUGGGGGGUCCCUGGCUUUCAGCCGCCCAGAAAGGCCCGGGGAUGGCCUUUCCAAAGUCAGAGCGCAGAUCUGAGGCAGUUUUUCCCUCUCUCCGCCCCUCAUCGAAACCUUGAGCCCCAUUGAGAAGUCCCUUCAGGGUUUCUUCGGAAGCCUCACCCUGGGCUGGUACUUAAAUAGAAAAAAACAAAAACUAAACCUCACACCAGCCAUCUCCGAGAGAGUUCUCGUUGCUCCCAGUAGGAGGCGGAGAGCCAAGGGGCGUGCAAGAGCGAGGGGGCUGGGCUCCCGGGUGGCAGGAGGCCGCGGCUGCUGAGCGGCCGCCCUCGAUCUGGGCGAUGGAGGAGGAAGCAAGCGAGGGGGCCAGUUCUUGAGCUUCGUAAUUCCUGUGUCGCCUUGUGAGCUCUCAUUCCGUCGGGUCGCAUGAUCCCUCCAGCCGUAGCUGCUUUUUUUGCCAGCCGCCGCGAGGCCGGUUGAGUUACCGGCAUCCCGGCUGCCACCUCCUAGCCCGACCUAUGAUACAAAAGAUCUUCCGGGGGCUGCACCUGCCUGCCGUUGCCCGAGACAUUUGAAUCUCUUUCUCUCCCUUCAGAACCUUAUCUUGGCUUUGGAUCUCAGAAGAGAACCACUAAGCAGAGACAAGACUCAGUGAGUGAGCAGGUGUUUUGGACAAUGGACUGGUGGAGCCCAUCCCUAUUAUAAAAAUGUCUCAGAGCAACCGGGAGCUGGUGGUUGACUUUCUCUCCUACAAGCUUUCCCAGAAAGGAUACAGCUGGAGUCAGUUUAGUGAUGUGGACGAGAACAGAACUGAGGCCCCAGAAGGGACUGAAUCAGACAUGGAAACCCCCAGUGCCAUCAAUGGCAACCCGUCCUGGCACCUGGCAGACAGCCCUGCGGUGAAUGGAGCCACUGGCCACAGCAGCAGCUUGGAUGCCCGGGAGGUGAUCCCCAUGGCAGCGGUGAAGCAAGCGCUGAGGGAGGCAGGUGAUGAGUUUGAACUGAGGUACCGGCGGGCAUUCAGCGACCUGACAUCCCAGCUCCACAUCACCCCAGGGACGGCAUAUCAGAGCUUUGAGCAGGUAGUGAACGAACUCUUCCGGGAUGGGGUGAACUGGGGUCGCAUUGUGGCCUUUUUCUCCUUCGGUGGGGCACUGUGCGUGGAAAGCGUAGACAAGGAGAUGCAGGUAUUGGUGAGUCGGAUCGCAGCUUGGAUGGCCACUUACCUGAAUGACCACCUAGAGCCUUGGAUCCAGGAGAACGGCGGCUGGCCACCCAGUUCCCUUCCUGGGAGAAUGGACUCUGUAGACAUAAGCAAACACGACACUUUCGUGGAACUCUAUGGGAACAAUGCAGCAGCCGAGAGCCGGAAGGGCCAGGAGCGCUUCAACCGCUGGUUCCUGACGGGCAUGACUGUGGCUGGCGUGGUUCUGCUGGGCUCGCUCUUCAGUCGGAAAUGACCAGACACUGACCACCCACUCACCCGCCACCCCCAUCCUGCCCUCACCGCACCCUCCGUCCAGCCACCAUCGCCACCAGGAGAACCACUACAUGCAGCCCACGGCCACCCACACAUCACAGGGUUGGGCCUAGACCUGGUCCCCCGCAGUUAGUUUUCUAGAAUUUACCAUGCUUCUGUGAAAGCCGCCUUCCCCGGCACCUCAGUUCUCCCGGCCUCAAAACCCACAAAAUUUCCCCAGAAUCUGCCCCGUGGAAGCUCAUAGGUUUGGGGGGAAUUGUGACUGGGAGCUGGAGUGCCCUGCCUGAUUGGUGGAACCCCUGCCCCCUUAGCCUCCCUGAGGAUGCUUUCCUGCCAGGGAGCUGGAAAGUUUUCUGACCCUUUUCCCCAGAAAGAGAGACUAGAUUGCCUUCAUUUUGAUGUGUGUGGCCUCAGAAUUGAUCAUUUCCUGUCUCUCCCUCCUCCUGGACCUGGGCUCCCCUUCCAUUUAUCCCCACCCUCCAAGCUUAGGGGCCACUUCUGACUAAUUAGGGAUUCAGGCUGCUUAGCAUAAAGAAACAAGGACCAGGACCCCCUCCCCACCUUUGGCCUGGCCAAAGUCCCUACCCUCAAUCCCAGUGUCCUCUAGAGACCUCUGGCUAGAGGCCAGCCCCACCUGGGAUGGGGGAGCUGUAGCUGCAGGAAGCACCCCAUGCCAAAGCUCGGGUGGCCCUUGCAGUUGAGCACCACCCCAGUUCCCUUCCCCUUCCCCGGCUCCCAUGACCAUGACUGAGGAACCGACUGGGCCCAAGAUAGGUGCCCCAGAGCUGUUUAUGGCCUCAGCUGCCUCGCUUCCUGCAAGGAGAUCGUCCUGUGGCACCUUUGCCUUGGGCUGCUGCCCAUGGGGUUCAGGGGCCUCCGCCCAGAUGUGAGGGGGAGCCACAGGGAACAGCUGUGGGAGCCCUGGGGUCUUCCCUACCUCAGGCAGGAAGGGCAGGAAAGAGAGCCUUGUGCGUGGGGUGGAGGUAGGGCUGGCUGGAGGGGCCAGUCCUGCCUAGCCUGAACGAUUUGUGCCCCACCCCCGUUCAGCCUGGGCAGCCGGGCUGCCAAGGUCAGGGUGGCCUGGCCGGGAGCUCUUCAGGCCUCCCUCUCUCCUCUGCUCCACCCAUGGCCUGUCUCAUCCAUGGGGGUCCUGGCCUAGCCCUGGCCACCCCGGGCUCUCUGCUGUACAUAUUUGAGACUAAUUUUUAUUCCUUGUGAAGAUGAUAUACUAUUUUUGUUAAGCGUGUCUGUAUUUAUGUGUGAGGAGCUGCUGGCUUGCUGUGCGUGUGCACGUGGAGAGCUGGUGCCCGGAGAUUGAACGGCCUGAUGCUCCCUCCCCUGCCCUGGUCCGGGGAAGCCAGCCGGGGGUCCUGGCUCCUGAGGGGCACCUGUCCCUCCCCCAACCCCCACCCCACACUUGUUCCAGCUCUUUGAAAUAGUCUGUGUGAAAGUGAAGGUGCAGUUCAGUAAUAAACUGUGUUGACUCGGUGAACAAAGGGCCUGGGCUCUUGUG